AUCUCAGGUUGAAGAAAUUGUCAGCAACUGCAAGGCUAAAUCCGUACUCGGAAGAGAAUUUGAAUCAAAUUUCCUUUGGGGUAGUGGACGGAUUCGUGCUGAUAACUGAGUCAUCUGGAAUUGGGGAAUUGUUUGGCUGGAUUUUCUUUCCUUUUCCCGAGAAAACGAAUUGAGUUGAUUGCAAAUAAUAAAAGAGUUUGUGAAGAACUACCCAGUCUUGACAUCUUAGGGGAAGUCUGUUGAAAAUGAUGCCUGUUUACGGAUACAUGAACAUGAUGGACUCAAGCACUCACCAGGGAAACCAACAGUCUUUUCCUCGAUAUUAUCUCCCCAGUGUUGAGGCAGUUCCACAUCACAUGAAGGUGGAUCCGUCUUAUCUCCUGCCUCCUUGUGCGCUUUUUAUGUCGGCACCACCACUACAUCAUUAUGGAAAUUAUCCUCCAUUUCCUGAGGUGUGUCCUGUGUACUGUGUUCCUCCUCCUCCUCAUUAUUCAGUGGAGCAGCCUAGGUAUGAAUAUUACAAGGAUGAACCUGGGAGCUACCAUUGUUGUGGGUGUCCUGACCAUCCUUGCCACCAGCAAAAAGAGAGAGGUAUGAAGAUUGAAGAGCAAGAGCCUGAGGUCAAGAAAAAUGAGGGUAAUGCAGUUGCACCAGUUCAGCUGAGAAAUUAUCCAUACCCAAUUGUGUGGAUUCCACCUGAAAACGUGAAAAAUAAAGAAGAUCAGAAAUCUGUGGAAUCAGAGGUUAGGAAUUGGGAUGAGGCACAUGGUGACGCAAAGUCUAUUCAAGGUGGGGAAGAUGGGAGGAAGAUGCAGAAUCAACAAAAUGAAGAUGGAAUGAGACAAUUUCCUGUCCCCGUUAUUUGGGUGCCGUAUGAGAAGCAAGAGGAGGCUAAAAACCAGGAUAAUAUAAAAGACUCCUCAAAAGUUCGUGUGAAGCAAUUGGAGGUGCAAAGGAAUAACUAUGAAGAACCAGAAAGUAGGGGCAGAGAUGUUACUGUGAAGCAGGUAGAAGAUGGUGCAAAUGAUAAACCUUCUGGGAGAAGUGCAAAGAGACAAUCUUUAUCCCCACGAAAAUCCAAGCUGCCUUCUGUUUGCCUGAGAGUUGAUCCCUUGCCCAAGAAGAAAAAUGGUAAUGGCAGUUCGAGGUCUCCAAGCCCUCCUAGUUCUCAAGGACAAACAACAGAGACAACGAGAGACAUCAAAGCCCCCUGUUGGACAGGGCUUGAAAGAAGACUCCUCGAGAGAGAAAAAGCAGUUAUCAGAUCAGAUGUAGAAGCUGCAAUCCUUAUUCAGUCAGCAUAUCGUGGGUUUGAGGUGAGGAAAUGGGAGCCACUAAAGAAGUUGAAGCAAAUAGUCAAAGUUCGUGAGCAAGUGGCUGAGGUUAGAAAUCAAAUUCAAGCUCUUGAGUCUUCUUCUGAUCUCCAAAAUGAUGAGAGGCAGAGAUUGGUAAUUGGAGAAAAGAUCAUGAGCAUCAUAUUGAAAUUGGACACUGUUCAGGGUUUGCAUCCAAGCCUCAAGGACAUUAGGAAAUCAUUGGCAAGGGAGCUUGUGAUGCUGCAGGAAAGGCUUGAUUCCUUAACAAGCAAACAGGCUGAAGAACUGGUUGAGGAGGAGUCAGUCGUUUCUGAACUGGCGGUUGUUCUCAAUGCUGAUGCACAGGAAGACGUUAAGAUGAAGGAAAUGCAAAAGGAAGCAUUAGGAGUUGAUGAGGGUUCCACUGAGUGUUCCCAUGAUGGUGGCGAAAAUGUGAGGGACCCACAUGACUAAUUGGUCAGCCAUUCGAUGGAUGUCAAGGGCGGGGAAACUGCAGAACCUAUUGUUGUUCACUAAGAACUAAAUGUGCAACCAGAUA